AUGAAUAAUAAUAGUAAUAAUAGUAAUGGUAAUAAUAAUAGUAGUAAUAAUAGUAAUAAUAAUAGUGAUGAUAAUGAUAGUAAUAACAAUAAUAAUAACAAUAGUAAUAAUAUUAGUAAUAAUAAUAUUAAUAAUAAUAGUAAUGAUAAUAAUAAUAGUAAUAAUAAAAGUAAUAAUAAUAAUAGUAAUAAUGAUGGUAAUGAUGAUAAUAAUAAAGAUAAUUUUGUAUAUUAUACAUAA